ACCACCUUUUGGCAACACAAAGGGUAGUCCGUUCCAGAGUCGGCCAUUGUUCGCAACUCGUGUCAAUUCGAGUUGCACUUUGAAGGAUUUUUCUACUGCGGGUGAUUAUGGGUGUUGUUAUAAAGUCUACAAUGUGCAGGAAGAGUAGGAUCAGUAGAAUGGUGGUAGGGUCAUACUCCUAGGUGUUUAACAGAAGUUCUGGAGUACGAGGUGCCAAAAAUUACCAGCUAAAGAGCCAGUUGUACAUACCAGUAAUAGAUUCGUAUAUUCCUCCCGUUUCUGAUUAGAGCAAAAUACAAUCAGAAUUGAUACAAUCAAUUCUUUUAAGAGCAGUAAUUAUCCAUAAGAAAUCCCCUGCAGUUCAUCGUAAUUAUAUUUGAAACUCGGACACAUAUCUCGUGUUUAGAAAAUACUUAAAUAUCUCAGCUUUAUGUAAAAAAAGAAAUUAGUAUAAAAGAAAAAUCAAUCGACAUCAUCAUGGGAUCUGCCGGACAACCAGACAGGUCCCUUGGGGGUGGAAUUUCGCUACCACAAUGGAUGAAGAGUAAAAUGGAUUCAAGAUUUGUCAUUGACGAUUCAACGUUCAGCCCCCCUUCCCAUGACGAUAGCUUCUUCUACGUUCGAUAUUCAAAAAAUACUCAAGAGAAUAAUCCUAAAACCGACGAGGGCUUUACACCCAUCAGUGAAGUGAACAAAAACACCACGGCGGCCACACAGGUAACAUCUUCUCAACCACCCCCUCCGGACUUCAAGGAAGUCAAAAAUAUCGAUUUCAGUAAACAUCCGUUGCCCUGCCAACCCUAUGUACCAAAUGCAGCCCAAAAAGCCGCUGAUAUCAAGCCACCGAAAUCAGCUUAUGCUGGUAAAGUGAAGUCUCAAGGUGUUGACGAUGGAUUUCACGGCCCUCCCGCGCUCUGCGGUAAAUCUAUCGUGCACGUUGCGAGUCAAAUAAUGUCUAGCAAAGUGACCAAGGGAUUUACUUUAGAAGAAAACCAAACGGCUGCCACUUCCGAAGAAUGCAGCACAAGGAAGGUCAGCAAAUCUUUGCCCGCAUCUCCAAUAUCUUCACCCAUGUCGACGCCUGACAACUCUCCGAAAUCUAGAAGGAAAAUUCAGUCUAACAGAUACUUCACGGGCCCCUUUCUGCCAGACAAAGAAAAAUACCAAGGUGGUUGGAUAUUAGCGAGCCUUCUGGGACAGCAGCGAGAAACAGUGUCGGCUAAAAUUGAGGAGGAAGAUGAGACAGAAGAAAUAGUGGCAGCGAAACCAUUGAGUAGAAAAAAAUCAAUCUCUUCUCAGAAUCUGAUGUAUAUACCAAAAGACGAAACACUCAUGCCACCUCCGAAUACCGGCAGCAACAAAAAUGUGUACAGAAAUGUUUUCCAAGCAAAACCAUCAGAGUUAAGAGAAAUGAAUUUCUGGUCUCCAACUUCGAUGUAGAGCAGAGGGAUCAUGGUCCAAGCUGUUGAAUGAUCACAGGGUUUGCGUGUCUCCAGUUUUUAUUUAGACAGUUAUUGACUCACUAAAAUUCAUCUGUAUAUUUCUAACUCAUUAAUAUCAUCUCUAAAGACACGUGGAUAAGGGCUGUUACAACGAUAUUAUGUAGUAUGUUAUCAAAAUAUUUUUUAUCGAGGUUUAAUUCAGGUUGGAUAGACUUUUUAUGAUACCUGGAUUUUUGCUUCUAGUUUGUUCUUCUUUCUAUUUGCCUUUUACUUUGCCAAUUUUACAAAACUUAAUUGAAUCGUUCGAACAGCCUUGGAAUUCUUAGUAUUGAAAAAAAAACGCGGGCAACGUGACAAACUGCGUUCUUUAUUAUUAUAUUCUCUUAAUAUUAUCUUCAUCUAUUUGAUUUUAUUCUUGGAUUAAAGACGAAGUACAUAACAAGAAUUAUUAUCAUUAUCAUUAUUAUUGUUAUUAUCUAAUGGCAAUACCACCAUCGUUAUUACUGUUAUUAUUUAUAGCUUUUUUGGCUCUACUUAUAAGACAUACCCACCGCAUCUUCGUAAGAUGGGUAGAUGAAUUAGUGAAUAAGAAGAAUAUACAUAUAAGAAAUAAAAAUGAAUUCAUAUAUUCUUACUUUUGAUUGUAUUUUGUCAAAACUUCAGAAUACCCUCUAAUGAAUCAAACAGCACAAUAAAUAUAAUUGGUUUAAUUGCGUCAGGGUGUCGUUACUCCUGGUGAUAAUAGUUUGUUCAAAUCAUUUUUUUUUCUUAAAUCUCGAGGUCGCGGGUAAAUUAUUGAUCUUGAGUUACGAUUUCGUGAAAUUUUCAUAAAAUAUCAUGAGAUAUUAUCUCAACUUCUUAUCUCGUGUCGAGAUUAGAAAAAGGGUUUGACCAUAUCUCUUAUUAAGAAUGGAGGUUGGUAUUUUUUCAAAUUCCAUCCACCCGCGACAAGAAAAAAGUAAAUUGUCUUACUAUUGAUUGUUCACAAGUAACAAAUCUUUUUCUGCAGAGGUAUAACAAAAUAGAUCAAUGAUCGAAUAAAAAUGACAAAAUGAAAUCAUUAUACUUAAUUUGAACGAUAAAUCGGCCGAUCAAAUAACUAAUUAUUAACUUACAUCUAACGGCUAAAAAUGAAACGAGAUGAUGAUGAUAAUGAUGAUGAUGAUGAUGAUGAUGAUAAUAAUAAUAAUAGUGUCAGGAACAACAAUAAUGAUAUCAAGUAAAAAUUUUGUAAAUUAAAUGAAUCAUUAUUCUCUAAUUUGUUACAUUAUAGAAUAAUAAUAAUCACCAAUAAUUCGUAUGUGACUGAAGAAUAAAAUAUAUGUGAUCUUA